GUUCAUUCGCCUCCGAGAAUUCAUCGGCUUUACUCUCGCCUCCUCAGCGACCGGCUGCGUCAACUUUAUUCCCAGCUUCUCGGUGAUUUGCUGAGUCGGCUCUUCUCCUCAAUAAACUGGAAGCAAGCCACAGAUGGGAGUUUUGCUACAGUGCUGUGUUUUGUCAGAUUAUUUCAGGAUUUUUUGGAAUGUUUUCUUCAGCCUAUAGCGUCCAGUGAACGUCAGAGGAGUUGGGCUCAUUUGGACUCGUGAGCCGGAUCGUUCUGUUUAUUGAAAGGAAUCGAUUCGUUCAGGAGUGGGAUCAGGCUACUCUGAGCUAGUGGCGUCUCCUGUUCGCGGUUUUUUUGUUUUUCUGUUUAUUUCACUAGUCGGUCACAAGUCCACUUUAACUAUGGCAGAUCCAAGAAUACGACAGAUAAAAAUCAAGACCGGGGUUGUAAAACGGCUGGCUAAAGAGGAGGUGUUGUAUAUAAAGGAGGCGAAGCAGCAGGAGGAGAGGAUCGAGCGGCUGAAGGCCGAGGCGGGAGAUGAGUAUCUCAUCAAGAAACAGCCCUACGCAGAAAACCGGGCGGCUUCGUGUCUCGUCCUGGAUUGUGAUCAGUUCCAGCUGGACGGUUCUCUUGUCCAGAACAAGCCUCGUAUUUUGGAGACGGAGGAGGAUCUGGCAGAAACAGAGGAAUACAAGGAGGCCAGGAGCAUUUUAGACUCCGUCAAGCUGGAAGGAUGAUGUAAACACACAGCUCACACAGUCCCGAGUGUCCAUUCCAUUUGUCAGGACUUGUUAAGAAGUGUUGAUUCAAGCCAGUUAUCUGUUCCUCCCUCUCUCCGUUUUUCUAUUUAUUUUUCACUCACGGAAUGACGUGCCACCUGAUCCUUAACGUUCUCUGCUGAGUGUUCAGAUUUACACACAACAUCAAAUAAACUUCCUUUCUUACGA